AUGCUCCUCCGUGUGCUGGUCCUCCUCCUCCUCGCCACCGUCGCGUUCAUCGCCUGCGCGGAUGGCGUUACGUCCGAGCCGCCGACCACCGUGGCAGCGAAGGAGUGCGAUGGUCGCGUCGAAGCGCGGAUCGUCGUGGGCAGGCACGAAUUCUGCGUACCGUGGAAGAAGGUGAUCGCCGGCGACCUUCCCGUCUACUGGACCCUUGCUGCAUGCGGCGUGCCGAUGAUGGCCGACUGCGGGCCGAAGCCCAUCUGCGUGCCCGAGACCAAGGUGAAGGUGUACGGCGAGGGCCCCGAGAUGGGACUCUGUACCCUCUUUGGAGAGUGCGAGUCGAAGCCGAACACGUAUCCGUGCCGGAAGAACGGCAGCCGCGAGGUCACCUGCACCAAGUUCACGCGCAUCAAGGAGAUCGGGCCGGAAGACGCGUGCGUCCUCGGACCAGCCGCCAAUGAGGACGCCGGCAUUUCCGACGAAGGCGAGCGCAUGGGCAUCAUCUUCUUCAUCAUUCUCGCCGUCAUCGCGCUGAUCAUCACCGUGCUGGCCGCUGGACUGCUCGUGUUCUGCUUCAUGAAGAAGCAAAAGACGAAGGGCACCACCCAGUCGUCCAAGUCGACCAAGUCGUCGAAGAAGGAGGACAAAAAGGACGCCAAGAAGCACGACAAAAAGGACGACAAGAAGGACAACAAGGGCGGCAAGACGGAGAAGAGCGUCAAGCAGAACAAGUCCGAGUAUGUGGUGGGU